CGAAGAAGAAGUCAAACUCGGCUAACAGCAGCAGUCUGGAGAUUAUGGUGAAGUACACGUUUAAUAAACAUGGAUAAAAAGAAGAAACCCUUCGCGGUGACGGCUUCAUCGCUGGUGGACCUUAAAGCUGAACUCUACAGGAAACAAGAGCAGUUUAAACAGCAGAAACUUGGGCAAGAAACUACUGGUGCUGGAUUCAAAGCAAAACCCACAGUCAAGAAACCUAACAUCUGGACUAAACAAAACGCUGGUGUUUCAGCAAGAGCUGAGAAAGAUGCAGAACAGCUGGCAGAAGAACAGAACAGCCUUGAUACAUCCAGGCGUAAGUUGGAGGAGAAGGCCAGACUCUACGAACAGAUGACAAAAGGAGACUUUCCAGAUGAAGAGACAGAGGGACUAUUCCUUGUGGAUUUCACCCAGAAGAUUAUUGACAAAAAGAAAGAAACAUUUGCACAAAAGGAGAUGGAGAAAGAGGAUGAAGAAAGUACUAGCUCAGCACCAAUCCCACCUCCUCAGAACCCAGAUGAGGAAUGGGUGGACUUUGUGGAUGCUUUGGGAAGAUCUCGAAGAUGCAUGAAGAAAGACCUUCCAGAUUUUAAGAAAAUGGACCAAGACUUCAAAGGGAAAGGAUCUGACAAACAUUUACUGUCAGAGGACAUGCGCCGAGAGCUGCAGAGGCAGGAGUGGGAGAGGGAGGAAGAGGAAGCAAUGAAGAGGCCUGUUGGACCAAUCCACUAUGAGGAUAUCAGAGGACAAGAGGCUCGAGAGCUCGGUGUGGGCUACUUCGCUUUCUCUCAGGAUGCAGAGCAGCGCAGAAAGCAGAGAGAUACACUGGACAUGCUUAGAGACCAGACGACAGAUCAACGCACUAAGAGAGAGCGACUGAAGGAGAAGAGGCAGGCCAUCCUGCAGGCUCGACUGGCCAAGGUGAGGCAGAGGAAGAAGAAGGCCAAGCUGGAUGGCACUGAAGAAGAGGAGAAGGAAGAGGAGAAUGAAGCAGAUGAGGAUGAAGGUGAAACAUUAGGGCCCGCCCCUCUGCCAGAGGAGUGUCCAGAGGUCAGCACACUGAAGAAGGUGGUCGUGGAGAUCCAGGAGAGGAAGGACACCAAACCGGGUGUUCCCCAUGUCAGAGAAUGGGACAGGGGCAAAGAGUUCAUGUUUAGCGAGUGGAAAACUCGCCGUCGGGAUGAGCGAGAUUCAGAAUUUGCACCUCCCUCUGCAUACUUUGCUGAUGAGAGGAGACCAAAACUAGGAAAGACUAAAACUCAGGAUAAUAAACCCAACAUGUCCUUUAAGUGGAUGACAGGCCCAGGAGGAAUCUCUGAGAGCAAAGCAGAACCAGAACCUCAGCCUACAACUGCUUCUUCACCUCCUCAACCUCAACCAAGUCCUCCAGCAUCAUCACAACCAAAACCUUCAGACGGCCUGUCACUUUCAGCUCCUUCCUUUAACCCCCAGUAUCCCCCUCCUAUGUUUUAUCCUCCAUUUCCACCUCCUCCACCUCCUCAGUUUGCAGGUCCACCACACCUCUUUCCUCCAUUCCCCCCACAGUACCCAAACCAGUAUCCUCCUCAGUAUCCAGCUCAGCCUGCAGGCCAGAGCCAGACCCAGCAGCCCCCCCAGGACCCUCCUCAGAGUCUGGACGACAUGCUGUCCUUCUACAGGAAGUCUACCUGAUCGCUGAAAUACUAUCUUUGCUGUGUAGUUAGUUCUUAUUUGGAGUGUAAAUUAUAGAGGUUUUUUUCUUUUCUUUUUUUUUUCCAAAACAUGGAAGAAAGAACAUUUAAUAAAUGUCAGAAAUUCAAUUGAACAUUACUCUUACUUUUUUCUUUAGUAUAUAUUUUUUUUAACUUUAAAAGGUUGUCAAAGCUGUUGCACUGUACACAUGAAGACUGCAUUUGUGUAAUGUCGGUGAAGUGCAUAUUCCUGUUCAAAAUCUUGAAGACUUUUUAAGUCUGAUAAUUGAAUUGCAGUACAGAAAUAUCCACCAGGUGGUACUAUGCACCUUCUGUGUUUAAAUCUCUGCACUUGACCAAGCUGGUUGUGCACUGCAGUGAUUUACCUAAAGUGUUUAUUCUAGAGCUGCAAUUAUUCUAAGUAUCAGAUUAAAUAUAAGGCUGAACAGUGUACAAAAAAAAAACAAACUGUGAUUAUUUUUAUCAGAUGUAAUUAAAACACAUUAGUUUUAGA